GAUGCUGCUACCAGCUUUUUGAGGGCGGCACGCUCAGGAAACCUGGACAAAGCUCUGGAUCACCUACGUAAUGGAGUGGACAUCAACACCUGUAACCAGAACGGGUUGAACGGCUUGCAUCUAGCCUCUAAAGAAGGCCACGUGAAGAUGGUGGUUGAACUACUGCACAAAGAGAUCAUUCUAGAAACGACAACCAAGAAGGGGAAUACUGCUCUGCAUAUCGCUGCCCUUGCUGGUCAGGAUGAGGUGGUCCGGGAACUGGUCAACUAUGGAGCCAAUGUCAAUGCCCAGUCUCAGAAAGGCUUUACUCCCCUGUACAUGGCGGCCCAGGAGAAUCACUUGGAGGUGGUGAAGUUUUUACUGGAGAAUGGAGCCAAUCAGAACGUAGCCACAGAAGAUGGCUUCACUCCGCUGGCUGUGGCUCUACAGCAGGGUCACGAGAACGUGGUGGCUCACCUCAUCAACUAUGGAACGAAGGGGAAAGUGCGCCUCCCCGCCCUACACAUUGCAGCCCGCAAUGAUGACACACGAACAGCUGCAGUGCUCCUGCAGAACGACCCCAACCCAGACGUGCUCUCCAAGACGGGAUUCACACCCCUCCACAUCGCAGCUCAUUAUGAGAAUCUCAACGUGGCCCAGCUGCUCCUCAACAGGGGGGCCAGCGUCAACUUCACACCUCAGAAUGGCAUCACACCACUGCACAUCGCCUCCCGCAGGGGGAAUGUCAUCAUGGUGAGGCUCCUGCUGGACCGAGGGGCUCAGAUAGAAACAAGGACCAAGGAUGAAUUGACACCGCUCCACUGUGCAGCUCGAAACGGACACAUGAGAAUCUCAGAGAUCCUGCUGGACCAUGGGGCACCCAUCCAAGCCAAAACAAAGAAUGGCUUGUCCCCAAUUCACAUGGCGGCUCAGGGAGACCAUCUCGACUGUGUCCGACUUCUAUUGCAAUACAAUGCAGAGAUAGAUGACAUCACCUUGGAUCACCUGACUCCUCUCCACGUGGCAGCCCACUGUGGUCACCACAGGGUGGCUAAGGUUCUUUUGGAUAAAGGGGCCAAGCCAAACUCCAGAGCUCUGAACGGCUUUACCCCCUUACACAUCGCCUGCAAGAAGAAUCACAUUCGUGUCAUGGAGCUGCUGCUGAAGACAGGGGCCUCCAUCGAUGCAGUCACCGAGUCUGGACUGACACCUCUCCAUGUGGCGUCCUUCAUGGGACACCUUCCUAUUGUGAAAAACUUACUGCAGAGGGGAGCGUCACCCAAUGUCUCCAAUGUGAAAGUAGAGACCCCGUUGCACAUGGCAGCCCGAGCAGGGCAUACCGAAGUGGCCAAAUACUUGCUCCAGAACAAAGCCAAAGUCAAUGCCAAGGCCAAGGACGACCAGACACCGCUUCACUGUGCAGCUCGAAUCGGCCACACGAGCAUGGUGAAGCUCCUGUUGGAGAAUGGCGCCAGCCCCAACCUGGCUACCACUGCCGGCCACACACCCCUGCACACUGCAGCCCGUGAGGGCCACGUGGACACAGCCCUGGCCCUUCUGGAGAAGGAGGCAUCCCAAGCCUGUAUGACCAAGAAAGGAUUUACCCCCCUCCACGUGGCUGCGAAGUAUGGGAAGGUACGGGUGGCUGAGCUGCUCCUGGGACAUGAUGCACAUCCCAAUGCGGCUGGAAAGAAUGGCUUGACUCCCCUGCAUGUAGCCGUCCAUCACAACAACUUGGACAUCGUCAAGCUUCUACUUCCCCGAGGUGGCUCCCCGCACAGCCCUGCCUGGAAUGGCUACACUCCUUUGCACAUUGCUGCCAAGCAGAACCAGAUAGAGGUGGCCCGCAGUCUGCUGCAGUAUGGGGGGUCAGCGAAUGCUGAGUCUGUACAAGGUGUGACCCCACUGCACCUUGCUGCCCAAGAGGGCCACACGGAAAUGGUUGCUCUUCUCCUAUCAAAGCAAGCCAAUGGCAACCUGGGGAACAAGAGUGGACUCACUCCUCUACACCUGGUAGCACAAGAAGGCCAUGUUCCAGUGGCAGACGUGCUGAUCAAACAUGGCGUCACAGUGGAUGCUACCACCCGGAUGGGUUACACCCCACUCCACGUGGCCAGUCAUUAUGGAAAUAUCAAGCUGGUGAAGUUUUUGCUACAGCACCAGGCGGAUGUCAAUGCCAAGACCAAGCUAGGAUACAGCCCCUUGCACCAGGCAGCUCAGCAGGGACACACAGACAUUGUGACACUGCUUCUGAAGAAUGGUGCUUCUCCAAACGAGGUCAGCUCGAAUGGAACCACACCUCUGGCAAUAGCCAAGCGUUUGGGCUAUAUCUCUGUAACAGACGUGCUCAAGGUGGUCACGGAUGAAACCAGUGUAGUGUUAGUCAGUGACAAACAUCGGAUGAGCUACCCUGAGACAGUGGAUGAGAUCCUGGAUGUAUCUGAAGAUGAAGGAACUGCUCAGAUAACUGUAAUGGGUGAAGAACUUGUUGGCUCCAAGGCUGAGAGGCGGGACUCCCGCGAUGUGGGUGAGGAGAAAGAGCUGUUGGAUUUUGUGCCGAAGCUAGACCAAGUGGUGGAAUCCCCAGCCAUCCCAAGGAUCCCUUGUGUCACCCCGGAGACUGUGGUCAUCCGAUCUGAAGACCCAGAACAGGGAUCUAAAGAGUACGAUGAGGACUCACUCAUUCCCAGUAGCCCAGCCACAGAGACCUCAGACAACAUUAGCCCCGUGGCCAGUCCUGUCCACACAGGGUUUCUGGUGAGCUUUAUGGUUGAUGCCCGGGGAGGAUCCAUGAGAGGAAGUCGUCACAAUGGCCUGAGGGUGGUGAUCCCUCCCCGGACAUGUGCAGCACCCACACGCAUCACCUGCCGCCUGGUCAAGCCUCAGAAGCUGAGCACACCACCCCCGCUGGCUGAGGAAGAGGGCCUAGCCAGCAGGAUCAUCGCACUGGGACCCACAGGGGCCCAGUUCCUUAGCCCAGUGAUUGUGGAGAUCCCCCAUUUUGCCUCACAUGGCCGUGGGGACCGUGAACUGGUGGUGCUGAGGAGUGAAAACGGCUCUGUGUGGAAGGAACACAAGAGCCGUUAUGGGGAAAGCUACCUGGACCAGAUCCUCAAUGGCAUGGAUGAAGAGCUGGGGAGCCUGGAGGAGCUGGAGAAGAAACGCGUGUGCCGCAUCAUCACCACCGACUUCCCCCUGUACUUUGUGAUCAUGUCCCGGCUGUGCCAGGACUAUGACACCAUUGGUCCUGAAGGAGGCUCCCUGAGAAGCAAGCUGGUGCCCCUGGUACAGGCAACAUUCCCUGAAAACGCAGUCACCAAGAAAGUGAAGCUGGCUCUACAGGCCCAGCCUGUCCCAGAUGAGCUGGUGACCAAGCUCCUGGGCAACCAAGCCACGUUCAGCCCCAUUGUCACUGUUGAGCCAAGGCGCCGGAAGUUCCACCGUCCCAUUGGGCUUCGAAUCCCACUUCCUCCCUCGUGGACUGACAACCCCAGGGACAGUGGGGAGGGAGAUACCACCAGCCUGCGCCUACUGUGCAGCGUCAUUGGUGGAACUGACCAAGCCCAGUGGGAAGACAUAACAGGAACAACCAAGCUUGUGUAUGCCAACGAGUGUGCCAACUUUACCACCAAUGUCUCAGCCAGGUUUUGGCUGUCAGACUGUCCUCGGACUGCAGAGGCCGUGCACUUUGCCACCCUGUUGUACAAAGAGCUCACUGCAGUCCCCUACAUGGCCAAGUUUGUCAUUUUUGCCAAGAUGAAUGACCCUCGGGAAGGACGGCUCCGAUGCUACUGCAUGACAGAUGACAAAGUGGACAAGACCCUGGAACAGCAUGAAAACUUUGUGGAGGUGGCACGGAGCAGGGACAUAGAGGUUCUGGAAGGAAUGCCUCUAUUUGCAGAACUCUCUGGGAACUUGGUGCCUGUCAAGAAAGCAACCCAACAGCGAAGCUUCCACUUCCAGUCAUUUCGAGAGAACCGUUUGGCCAUCCCUGUGAAGGUGAGAGACAGCAGUCGCGAGCCAGGAGGGUUCUUGUCAUUCCUGCGGAAGGCGAUGAAGUAUGAAGACACACAGCACAUCCUCUGUCACUUAAAUAUCACCAUGCCCCCCUGUACCAAGGGUGGUGGAGCAGAAGACAGGAGGAGGACCCUGACACCCCUGAGCCUUCGAUAUAGCAUUCUCAGCGAGUCCCGGCUGGGUUUUACCAGUGACACAGACCGUGUUGAUAUGAAGAUGGCUGUCAUCACAGAGCACCUUGGCCUCAGCUGGGCAGAGCUGGCCCGGGAGCUGCAGUUCACUGUGGAAGAUAUCAACCGGAUCCGUGUAGAAAACCCUAACUCCUUGUUGGAGCAGAGUGCAGCCUUGCUGACCCUCUGGGUGGCCCGUGAAGGCGAAAAUGCAAAGAUGGAGAAUCUGUACACAGCCCUGCGGAACAUUGACAGAAGUGAGAUCGUUAACAUGUUGGAGGGCUCUGGCAGGCAGAGCCGAAACCUCAAACCAGACCGGCGGCAUGGGGACCGGGAUUAUUCAUUGUCACCAUCCCAGAUGAAUGGUUACUCCUCGCUGCAGGACGAGCUGCUGUCCCCCGCCUCCCUGCACUACGCACUCCCCUCUCCACUGUGUGCAGACCAGUACUGGAAUGAAGUGGCUGUCAUAGACGCCAUCCCCCUGGCGGCCACGGAGCAUGACACCAUGCUGGAGAUGUCUGACAUGCAGGUGUGGUCUGCGGGCCUCACCCCCUCCCUGGUCACUGCUGAGGACUCCUCCCUGGAGUGCAGCAAGGCCGAGGACUCUGAUGCCACACAAGAGUGGAAGUUGGAGGGGGCACUCUCAGAGGAACCGCAGGGCCCGGAACUGGGCUCUCAGGACCUGGUGGAGGACGACACAGUGGAUUCAGAUGCCACAAAUGGCCUGGCUGAUGUGCUAGGUCAGGAGGAAGGCCAGCAGCGAGUUCACGCCCGAAUCACAGACUCACCCACAGUGAGGCAGGUGCUGGACAGAAGCCAGGCCAGAACCCUGGACUGGGAUGAACAGGGCUCCGCAGUGUCCUAUCCGCAAGAAGCUGCUCAAAGUUCCUGGCAAGAGGAGGUCACGCAAGGCCCGCACUCAUUCCAAAGAAAGAUCACCACCAUCCAAGGGCCAGAGCCCACCUCUCUUCAGGGAUAUGAGCAGACGCUGGUGUCUACAAGGGCGCAUGUACAGAGUGGGCCACUUGAGAGCGACAGCCCCCAGGCUGGCAAGGAACCAAGCCUGUGGGUAUCUGAGAGCACCUUCUCGAAAGAAGUACAGGGAGGUGAGCUUCAGAAUAUUCCUGGAGAGCAGGUGACAGAGGAACAAUUCACAGACGAACAGGGCAACAUUGUCACCAAGAAGAUCAUUCGCAAAGUCGUCCGGCAGGUAGAUUCCUCUGGCGCCAUCGACACGCAGCAACACGAGGAGGUGAUUUUUGAGGGGCCCCUGGUGGACCCUGGGGAUCUGGAAGCUGAUAUUGAGUCCUUUAUGAAACUUACUAAGGAUCACACCUCAACACCCAAACCCUGAACUCCACACACUCUGUCAUGCACACAGGAGGAGACCUGGACCAGAGGGCUACUGGAGGGUCGCACGUGUCCUAAGAUCCCGGCAUGACCUCUGUAUGGGGCUUCCUUUAGUCUCGUAUUCGCAUGAAUGACUGGCUGUAGACGCAUGACCUACAGUCUUCAGUCCUGCCUCUAGCGACUAUGGAUCUCUGUGGGAAUCAGGACAAAGGCCGCAAGAAGAAGGGAGAGGAGUGAGGGAGAGCAAGCAAGCCCCAAAGAGCACAUGGGUGCAGACAUGAAUAAGGGCUCUACUGUGGCUGGGAUGAUUGGUUAAAGUUUGUUUGCUUCUUU